AUGCAAAGAUAUAGACUAAAUCUAUACAAUACAAUCCAAUCAACAACCAUCAGAUCACUCCAUAACAUGACAAAUUUUAAUAAAAAUCCAUAUGGUAUUAAUGAUCAUAAUUCCAAAAAGGAAUAUGAUGAAUAUAUAACCAAAACAUUAAUUCAAAAUGAAGAAAAUUUAAAUUCAUUAACUCAUCCAGGUUGUAAACCUCAAUUGAAAUAUGAAGGUAUUAAUCCAAUCCCAGAUGCAAAACCUACCACUGAUAAAGUUUUCUUUUUUGAUAUAGAUAAUUGUUUAUAUCCAAGAUCUACAAAGAUUCAUGAUGUUAUGCAAGAAUAUAUUCAUGAUUAUUUUGUUCGUACUUUAAGUAUCACAGAUGAUGAAGCUUAUAAAUUACACCAAGAUUAUUAUAAGACUUAUGGAUUAGCUAUUCAAGGUUUAGUUAAGUUUCAUAAGAUUGAUGCAUUAGAAUAUAAUAGAAAAGUUGAUGAUGCUUUACCUUUACAAAAUAUUUUAAAACCUGAUUUAAAAUUAAGACAAUUGAUCUUGGACUUGAAAAAAACAGGUAAAAUUGAUAGAUUAUGGUUAUUUACAAAUGCUUAUAAAAACCAUGCAAAGAGAGUUAUUUCAUUAUUAGGUAUUGGUGAUUUAUUUGAUGGAUUAACAUAUUGUGAUUAUAGUGAAACAUCAUUAAUUUGUAAACCAAUGGAGUCAAGUUUCGAGAAGGCAAUGAAAGAAGCAAAUGUUUCAAAUCCACAAAAUUGUUAUUUUGUUGAUGAUUCAAAUUCAAAUAUUGAAACUUCUAUUAAAUUAGGUUUUAAAAAAAAUAUAUUAUUAUUAGAAACUGAUGAUGAUUUAGUUAAAAGAAAAGUCGAGGGAAGUAUUAUAAUUAAAAAUAUUUUGGAAUUAAGAGAUGUUGUACCUGAAUUAUUCCAGUAA